UAGGCCUAGUACAAUUGGUUGAUUUGACAUGGAAUGACCCAAUAGCAUUUUCUACGGGUUUAAUCCGGCACUGCAUUAUCCAGACACUGCAUCAUUUUCUCCGAAAUUGUAGGGUAGUCUUUAACAGUAUCUAUAUCUUGACAGAUUUAAUCGAACGCAUUUAAUUCAAGUCUUGCACACACAAUUCCACAGCUGCUUCGCACCUGUAGCACGUAACUCCACACACUGUCCUUUGGACAAAACAACCUGAGUUACACUAUUUUUGCAUUACUAUAUAUUGUCUAACACAUCUAAUCACUUUCUUGCGACAUAUAAGACAUUUCGUUGGCAUCAAAUACGCGUUAUUUACCGCGCGAUUAGCAACUUGGCCCAUGGUCUUGCGGAUUAACAAGAACUUGUAAACACGCCCGCCAUCUUUCCUUAUCGGUGGCAUUGACGUGUUUACAUGCUAAGUAAACGUCACUAGAGAUAGCCAAUCAGAGUCGCAGAGGGGAUGGCAAACAGACCGCUGUAAGUUUAAUUGACAUGUGGUUGCUAUGACAGUUUCGUGUACCGUUUUACCGGUGUGGAAGAGGUGGUGACAGUGCCAUCAUUGUUAUUUAUUGUAUCGGUGCAUGUUGUGAACGGGGAUUGUGGGAGUCAUAUUGUUUUCUGACGGUACUGUCUGAGGAGCCCCGCUGAUCUAGCUUCUUGUUAUUGUCGGUGUUUCGUUGCGGCGACAGUCUCCCUUUCCUUAAAUAGACUUUUUUCAUAUCAAGAGAAUAUGGAUGCAGGCAAGACACUUGAAGGCGUGGGAAAGGUUGGCUUCGUGGGAGCCGGGAAUAUGGCACAAGCUAUCGGAGGAGCACUCCUGCGGACUGGUCUAUUGAAAGCAAGCAACAUCUAUGUAUCGUCCCCCUCAAAUACAAACAAAGGACCUUGGAUUCAAUUUGGGACGCACACUACAACAGAAAAUGGUUGUGUUGUGGAAAACUCUGAUGUUAUAUUUCUCGCAAUGAAACCAAUUUACUUGGAUGCAGCAUUGAUGGACAUAAAAAAUACUUUGAAACAACCAGUCAGCAAUAAACUCUUUGUUUCAUUGUUGGCUGGCGUGCCAUUGAAAGUACUUGAGGAGAAAAUUCAUAGGAUUGUGCCAGAUGCUCGUGUCAUCCGUGUGAUGCCAAACACACCAGUACUAGUUGGAGCAGGCUGUUCGGUUUUCAGUUGUGGUACAACAGCUACUAAAAAGGAUGCAGAAGUAGUGAAAAUGAUGCUCUCUACUGGAGGCAUUUGCCAAGAAAUUUCAGAAUCUUUGAUUGAUGCUGCUGGUGGUCUGUCUGGAUGUGGGCCUGCAUAUGUGUACCUCAUUAUUGAAGCAUUGUCUGAUGGUGCAGUGAAGAUGGGUGUUCCUCGAGCUAUGGCAACACAGUUUGCUUCUCAGACUGUGCUAGGUGCUGCAAAAAUGGUGCUAGAGACAGGGAAGCAUCCAGGGCAGUUGAAAGAUGAAGUGUGCUCACCUGGAGGUACUACAAUCUGUGGUAUCCAUGCAUUGGAGAAGGGAGGUGUCAGGAGCACCUUAAUGGAGGCUGUUGAAGCUGCUACAAAACGUGCCGCAGAGCUUGGAAAAAACAAGUGAGGGGAAAGCUACAUACAGAUGCAUUUACAAAUUUGUUAAAAUGAUGAAAUGUCAUUUUAAAUGAUGUACAUAAUAUUGUUGAUCAUGUCAUAAUCUCAUGUAUGUAAUAUCUUACUGUGAAAUAAAAGUUUUAAGAAUGGUUUGUA